GCCGGUCCCCCCCGCCGCGGAGCCCGAGCCUAUGAGCGGCCAGGCGCAGCCGGCGGCGGCGGCGCGGGGCUCGGUGUUCCGCCACGUCCGCUACGAGAACCUGGUGGCCGGCGUGAGCGGCGGCGUCCUGUCCAACCUCGCGCUGCACCCGCUCGACCUCGUCAAGAUCCGCUUCGCCGUAAGUGAUGGAUUGGAAUUGAGGCCGAAAUAUAAAGGAAUUGUGCACUGCUUGACUACUAUUUGGAAACUUGAUGGACUGCGGGGACUUUACCAAGGAGUUACCCCAAAUGUGUGGGGUGCAGGCUUAUCGUGGGGACUCUACUUUUUCUUUUACAAUGCCAUCAAAUCCUAUAAGACAGAAGGAAGAGCUGAACAGUUAGAAGCAACGGAAUAUCUUGUUUCAGCUGCUGAAGCUGGAGCUAUGACCCUCUGCAUCACAAACCCACUGUGGGUAACAAAAACACGCCUGAUGUUACAGUACAAUGGGGUUGCUAAUGCCCCACAGCAUCAGUAUAAAGGCAUGUUUGAUACGCUGGUGAAGAUCUAUAAGUAUGAAGGUGUGCGUGGAUUGUAUAAGGGAUUUAUUCCUGGGCUCUUUGGAACAUCGCAUGGUGCUCUUCAGUUUAUGGCAUAUGAAUUGUUGAAAUUGAAAUACAACCAACAUAUGAAUAGACUACCAGAUGCCAAGUUGAGCACCGUAGAAUAUAUAUCUGUUGCGGCACUGUCCAAAAUAUUUGCUGUAGCAGCAACAUACCCAUACCAAGUUGUGAGAGCUCGUCUUCAGGAUCAGCAUAUGUUUUAUACAGGCGUGUCAGAUGUGAUCACAAGGACUUGGAGGAAAGAAGGCAUCGGUGGAUUUUACAAAGGAAUUGCCCCCAAUUUGAUUAGAGUGACUCCAGCCUGCUGCAUUACCUUUGUGGUGUAUGAAAACGUCUCACAUUUUUUACUUGACCUUAGAGGCGAAAAUAAAAAUAAGUAAGAAGAUGACAGUUUCUGUGUAUCAAGCCAAGGCAGCAACAUUCUUCCUUUACAUUGACAUGUGAAACUCAAGAAUACUGCACAGUAACCCCAUUCAUAAUCCAAAUUGGUCUGCAAUCAUUAGAAGUCCCCAAACUGCCAAGUCAUCGCGAUUUUGUCUGCGUUUUGCCUUUCCCAUCCAUGUCGACUCGAUUUCCCUCUGCCUGUAGUGUCAUCAGUGAUAGCCAGAACUGACACCCAACAGAGCUAUGCAGGUUUCUCCAUUUUCUCCUUCAGGUUGAAGCUGAUUAGUGGCUUUCUAAGGGUAUAGAUGAAUUUGCUGCUGUUUUCCGAACUCUGGCCUCUAUUGGCUUUAAAAGCCACUUGUGCAAUAAUUAGUAAGAAAAUGGCCUCUUAGAGAAAAGUCUGGGCUAUUUCAAGGGUAAAUUGAAGUUUAAGGAUAUACUAUUAAGGCUGUUACUCAAAACUGGACUGCUUUAAAAUCAGGAAAUUCUUGUGAAUGCUUUUUAGUUUUGCUUUGAUUACAAUACAGACAAAAUCUGAAAUUCUGUACUUCUCUUCAUUUGAGAUAUAGCAACAUCGCAGUCAAUCCCAGCACUAAUUUGUUGUGAUGGAGCCAUUUCUGUUAUUUAAAAUGCAGUGCUGGAUCUGGUUUUGGGGUUUUGGGUGGUUUGGUUUUUUGGAGGAUUUAUUGUAUAGAUAGUUACUGUCUUAAGUUCAUGAAAUCUGAACUUACAGGUUUGGAUUCGGCCGUGUUCCCUUUUUGAGCCUAUUUGACUAUAAAAUGAAUUACUUAACAAAGUUGCUGAUAGAUCACCUGGCCUUCCCCAGACAAUGGAAUGGUGGGUGCAUUUGCUGACCAACUGAGUGAAAAUGAGAAACCUUUCAUUCUUCCUUCAAGUUUCCGGUACUAGAGGUUCAGGUUCCAAUAAAUGAUCACUUAUCUAUAUCAAUUGCACGAGUUUAGAUUUAUAUACAAAGUUACAUAAUUAGCUAUUGCUGAUUUUACUUUUAUGAAUUGCAGGUCCCUAAGAUGUCAGAAUGUUGCAAUGUUUAUUUAUUAAUAUCUGUAAAUGCUGUUGUACCACCGUUUAUUUGUUCUAAACAAAACUGGUUUUCAAAGCCAUAUUUAGGUGGUUCUUUGAAAAUAGGUUUAUUUUUUUAUAUUUUAAAAAAAUGGCAUUGACUUCAAAAUAAAGAUGAAAUGAUAAGUA